CGCACUCUCUCCAGCUCUCCAAAGCAACAGGCGAGAAGAAGGAAGAGCCACAAAAGCGGGGGCAACUUUUGAAACAACAGCAAAGAGGCGCAACAAGAAACUUCCAAAGAUGCCAAACGCGUCGUUUUUACGGACGGAUCACUUGGGUACGCGAGGGAAGUGAUUUUUUUUUUCCUUAAGGAGAGAAAACAGGAGGGAGGACGCGCUUUUUUUCUUCUUCUUCUUCUUUUUCCUCCGCCGUAUGAGACGUCAAAAAUCUGCCUCGGGUAACAAAGCAGGCGCUUCAGAGCUGGAGCUGAACCCCUCAGCUUGUGGUUUAAUGUCCCCGGGUCUCUGUGGAGGGCAGUGAAGGAUGCCAGGAUGCCCUCUCUGAUCUCCCAUCUGCUUGUCAUCUGGCUGAGCGUCCACAGGCUGGUGUGGUGCACGGAGCGCUCCUCCACACGGGAGCGCUUCAAGGUGGUCAUCGCUCCUCUCAUCUGCAAGCGGAUCUGCUUGAAGGGACAGUGUCAGGAUACCUGCGAGCAGGGCAACAACACCACGCUGAUCGCGGAGAACGGGCAGGGGGCAGACACGCUCAUCGGACAGGGCUUCAGGGUCGUUGUGUGUCCCCUGACAUGUAUGAAUGGAGGAGUAUGCAGCUCAAGGAAGCACUGCCUCUGCCCGCCGGGCUUCACUGGUCGGCUCUGCCAGUUUCCACUCCAGCAGACGCAUCAAGCUCAGGCGGCGCGAGGCAACAAGCAGCCUGUCUACCCUGUAUCUUUGAAGCCAGACGGCCAGAAAUUAGUGGAGCAGGCAGGCAUAGGACGUACCCAGCUGACACAAACACACUCAGUUUUCACCCUGCCUUUGUCACAAGUGGGGCACCACUCGUCUGAAGUGCAGAUCAAUGUGCAUGUCCGCCACACGCCGGACACCUCUGUAGUCAUUCACCCGCUCGACCAAUCGGAUGUCAAGCCUCCUCACAAGACGGGGCCGCGUCUGAUCCCUCAGAGACACAAACCGAAGGGGCGCUGCUUCCAGGAGACGACACCCAAACAAGCCUGCAAUAGCACCCCACUUCCUGUUCUGACCAAUCAGGAGGAUUGCUGCGGCAGCGUGGGGAAUUCAUGGGGACAAAACAAGUGCUAUCAGUGCCCCAAACUACCAAAUGCAUCAGUCAAACAGACCAUUGUGGAAGACUACGGUUCUACCUGUCCACAAGGCUAUAAAAGAUUCAACAGCACUCACUGUCAAGAUAUCAACGAGUGCACCAUGCAGGGUGUCUGUCAGAACGGAGACUGUGUGAACACGCUGGGCAGCUUCAAAUGUUUGUGCAAGACUGGGUUGGUGCUGGACAGGAAUCGAUGCGUUGAGUCCCCAGCUGAGCAGGCUCAGUGUUUCCUGAUGGCGUCUGAGGCCAGGGGCUGCGAGCACGCGCUGCCAACCCACCUCACCCAGGAGAUGUGCUGCUGCACGGUGGGCAAAGCCUGGGGCCGUUACUGUGAAAGAUGUCCUCAGGUGGGCACAGUGGCCUUCAGUAAGAUCUGCCCUGCUGGGAAAGGCUACUUUCUCCAGAAUAUUAGAGAGACCGUGGCCUUCCCUCCCAUCAUCUUCCCCCGUAAGCCAGACAAGGAGGAGCCAAAGCGGCCGGAGAGACCGCCAGAGACGACGACCCAUGUGCAGGCUCCCACCAGCACCAGUGGUCCUCGUGUGCCUGUUGUUAAACCCACCCCUCCGCCAAUCAUCCGAAUGACCCCAGGCAAUGACCCCUUCGAAACACAGACAAAAGUCCUGCCAGAGACAGAUGAAUGUAGGCUAAACAGGAACAUUUGUGGUCACGGAGCGUGUGAGAACAGCCUGAACGGCCACAUCUGUCACUGUGACCCUGGCUACCAUCUCAACCCGCAGAGGAACAUCUGUGAGGAUGAUAAUGAAUGUGAGUCAGAGCCGUGUGGCCACGGCAGAGGCCUUUGCGUCAACAUAGAAGGGAGCUACAAAUGCCACUGUCGUCACGGAUAUAAACACAUGGUGCAGCAUGGCAGACUUAAGUGUGUAGAUCUGAAUGAGUGCUCUAAACAAGACAUCUGUGGUGUCGGAGGCCAGUGUGUGAACCUGCCCGGUUCUUAUAAAUGUGAAUGUCACAGCGGGUUUAGGAGCAAGUCACUCCGUCAUCCGGUCUGUGAAGACAUAAAUGAGUGUUUGCAUCCUGACACCUGUCCCAAUGAGCAGUGUGAGAACACACCGGGCUCCUAUGAGUGUGUUCCUUGCUUGCCUGGUCACGAGGCACGCGCCGGCACUUGCUAUGACAUUAAUGAAUGUCAGAAACCUGGCAUCUGUCCUAACGGGCGCUGCGAGAACCUCUCUGGUACUUAUCGCUGCCUGUGCAACGAGGGCUUCCUUCCACUUGCAGACAGCAAAGGGUGCAGUGACAUUGACGAGUGUGAGGAUGUCAGGCUGUGUGCUUAUGGCCUCUGCAUCAACACAGAAGGCUCCUUCCAGUGCCAAUGCUACCCGGGAUACCAGCGCACACAGGAAGGCAGCCACUGUGAAGAUAUCAAUGAGUGUGAGCGGCCAUCAAACUGUCAGAAGGGCCGCUGUAUCAACAGCAUGGGCUCAUACCGCUGUGAGUGCCAGACAGGCUACGUACUGGUCGGAGGCAGGAGGUGUCAAGACAUCGACGAAUGUGCUGAAGACAGAAGUCUUUGCCAGCCCUACGGCUCUUGCGAGAACAGACCGGGCUCGUACUUGUGUGUCUGCAAUCACGGUUACGUCCUCUCAGAGGACCAACACAGCUGUGAGGUGGUUCGAAUGCUGACAGAUGAGAAGAAGGAGUGCUACCUGAACCUCGAUGACACUGUGUUCUGCGACAGCGUCCUGGCCACCAAUGUCACCAAGCAGGAGUGCUGCUGCUCCAUUGGAGUGGGAUGGGGAGACCACUGUGAGAUCUAUCCCUGUCCUGUCUCCCACUCAGAUGAGUUCCGCUUCCUGUGUCCAAAUGGGCAAGGUCUCUACUAUGAACAAGGACUCCAGUACAGCCUACCUGCCUUCCAUGAUAUCGACGAGUGUUCUCUGUUUGCUGAUGAAAUCUGCAAGAAAGGUCACUGUGAGAACACGCUGCCGGGCUAUGAGUGCUACUGUCAGCAGGGCUUCUACUAUGACGGCAACCUUCUCGAGUGCAUUGAUGUGAACGAAUGCCACGACGAGUCUCAGUGUACUAAUGGUCAGUGCGUCAACACAGAGGGGUCCUUCUACUGCAUCUGUAAUCGACCCUGGAUUCCAGACUCCAACAAGAAGAAGUGUGUAAUGGCAACAGUAGCAGAUGUGGAUGAGUGUGAGGACCCAGCCAACUGUAAGAAUGGGCAUUGUGUGGACACUCCAGGGUCGUACUACUGCAUCUGCUCUCCGCCCUGGACCCUGGCCACCGAUCGUAACAGUUGUGUGACUCCUGAGGAACAGGCUGAUGUGAAUGAGUGCCAGGACCCCUCGUACUGUAAGAAUGGGAGGUGUGAGAACACGCCCGGCUCCUUUCACUGUUUUUGCGACCCUCCCCUCACCUUCAGUGCAGCGCUGAAACAGUGCGUCUAUGACGAUCGCACUGCAGCCCACAAGGACGUGUGUUUCCUGCAGGUUGAUGAGGGCUUGAUCUGCAGCGAGCCGAGAAGUGGCAUAGUGGUGACCUACUCAGAGUGCUGCUGUCACUACGGUCGUGGGUGGGGGCCCGAGUGUAACACCUGUCCACCCAGAAACUCAGAGAUGUUCAGUCGUCUGUGUGAGAUGCACCUGGAGACUGAGUCCGAUGGGGAGCAGGAUUUCCUGGCUGCUUUCGCCAACUACAACCCAGGUGACAGCUCAGAGGAGGAUUCAGAUGAAUGUAGCUGUGCAAAUGGCCGCUGUGUCCGCUCCUACCUGGGUACCAUGUGUGAAUGUAACACAGGCUUUAGGCUGGACCACUCCCGCACCCGCUGUAUAGACAUUGACGAGUGUGCAGAAGCAGGAGCUCGUGUCAGUCCGUGCAAGAAUGCUCGCUGUGUGAACACUGCUGGCUCGUACAAGUGCUUCUGCAAACACGGCUUCGUGGCCACACGCAGGCCAAACACAUGCAUGCGUCGCAGAGCUCGGUAACCUCUGUGUGUCGCUCUGUUUAUACCUAAAAUAUGCAACACACACAAAUACCCCACACAUGCUGUACGUACAUGUCCAUCUCACAGUACAAAUAUGGGACUGUGUGUACGCAGUGAACCUUAAAAACAUGCUCUCAUCCACAGCCAAAUCAUAGGAAUGGCUCAUGUGAUGGAACAAAACAUAUCAUUGUCAGCUCCUCUGUCACUCCCUAUUUCACAUUUAAAGAAAUAAUCAAUACAGACAAGGAAUAUGUUUGUUUGUUAAACAUUUUUUUUGUAAUUAUAGUUUUUUUUAAUUGUUUUUGUUAAGUUUAAGUUUUGCUUUUUUGUGAUUUUUUUUUCCAACUUUUCAUCAUUGAUCUUUCUACUCUUACUUUGAAUCUCUGAUCUCAAGCCACCACCUCGUUUUAAUGAGGAAAUAUGUUUCAAAGAUCAGUCUGGUUUUCUACUUGUCUACUUCAGCCCAUUUAAUAUUUGUAUACUGAAUGGCACAAGAACUUUUAAAUGUUAAGGUAUUCCCCUUUACAUUCCCACAAGUCCACGUCCACAAGUCUUUAAUGUUUAAUUCUAAAUUGACUCCCUCUGAAUUGUAUUUUCUAACCGCACACUGAUUUUGUAUUAUUGUACAGUUUGUCAGGUGAAUUAACAGUUUCUGUUAAUCCCUGGUCCUUGACCUUCCCCUGUUUAUUUGCUGAUGUUGUUGUUGAUAUGAGAAACCUGAAGUUUUUGUAUAAUUUGACAUGUGCACCUAAGUGGACUUUAAGCUAGAAAAAAAGGUCAUGCACUUAGCAAUAAAUAUAGUGGGAAUAUUUGCUUAUUCCAGAAAACCAAGAAAGUUUGACACCUGUUGUCAUAAAUUGCUGCAUCAAAGUAUUUAGAAAACCAAAGACGCUCUUCAGAUGAGAAGAAUUUAAUUAAAAAAAGAUGAUGCCAACCGGUCAUGUAUUUGUUUUUCCUGUAUUUUGGAGCAUUGAGUUUAGACUGAUGGGUAAAAAUGACAGUUUUAUUCAUAAAAAAAAAAAAAAGAAA